GCGGGCGCGCGGCGCGCCGCGCUGAGCAAGCGGCGCGACGAGCAGCGCGCGGCGAGGGCUGAGGCGGAGGCGGCGCUGCGGCGCGCGUCCGAGCCCACCUCCACGGCCUCCGAGCUCUGCGCCGCGCUCGCCGCCGGCCGCGCCGCCGACACGAGAGGCGUGUGUGCAAGCGGCUGGCCGAGGAGGCGGAGAUGCCGCUCCGCCGGGCUCGAGGGGGACGCGUCCGCGGACGGGCUUGGCUCGCUCGGCGCGGCGACCGGCCGCUGGCUCACCCGGGGCAUGCUGGAGGCGUAUGCGUGCCUCGGCGCCGCGCUGGCGGAGGAGCAGGCGGCCGCCGAGCGCGCCGCCGCGCACGAGCAGCUGUCCGGCGGCCGCGCUCGCUCCCUCAGCCUCGGACGCGACCGCGCCGGCGCGUCCUACUGGGCCAUCGGCCCGCGGGCGCCGCUGAGCGUGUGGGUUGAGCCGUCGCCGCGCGGAGGGCAGCGGGGCGGCGGGGCGGCCGGGUGGCGCCGCUGCGUCGGCUUGGCGGCGGUGGAGGCGCUCGCCGCAUCGCUUGACGCGCGCGGCGCCGCCGAGCGAUCGCUGCAAAAGUCGCUCUGGCGGUUGUGCGACGACUCGCUGCGCGCCGAGCACGACGCGGCUGCGGCGCCGUCCCGCGCCGCGCUCGAGUCGCUGCUGCCUCCGUUCGAGCCCGCGCCUCCUCCCGCGCCGCCGGCUGGCCUCGCCAUCCACGAGCACGCCGAGUCGCUCCCGGGAGGGCUGCUGGCGGCGGAG